CGGCAGGCACUGCGUGCUGGGGUCUGAGCAGCCGAAGCUGCAGGGCCCCUUCGUCGCCCUGGCGGGCUUCUACGUGGUGUGGAAGUUCUUCGGGCUCGCCGGCGGGGACGCGCCUGCCGCCGUGCUGGGGGCCGCGCGUGGCCACUGCGCGCUGCCCUGGCGCGAGGUGUCCUCCACACUUGGGCACCACAUCAAUGUGGAGAAGUACUGCAUGUGGGGGCCCUACGUGGCGCACCUGAUCACUGCGGGGCUGGGGCUCACGCCUGAGCAGUACGACAUAGGUUCGGGCGACGUCGGAUGGCCCGUAGGCGCUGCGCUCGCGGAGGCGCUGCGGCUGCCCGGCAUGGGGCCGCAGCCGCCGCUGGUGGCCCGGCUGCUGCCCGCGAGGCUGCUGCCUAGCAGCUGGGCAGCUGCGGAGCAGGCGGCCGCGUUAGCAACGGAUGAGGGCAGUUUAGGGGAAUGGGGCGGCAGCAGCGGAUUAGGCCUGGGAGCGGGCCUAAGGCUGCUGUGGGCCCUGUUGCUAGUGUUGCUCUUUGCAUGGUGCUGUGCCUGCCUGGUGACAAGGGCGUGGGGUAGAGUAGGUCUAGGUGGUGGCAUCGUUAGGGUUUUUGGCGGCCCUUUGUCGUUACCACUCGCGGGGCGGGGCCGCCAGGCUCAGCAGCGGCGCACGUGGCUGGUAUAGCCACAUGCAUCGCAACGCGAAAGUGAUUGGGUUACGCAGGAGGGCAGCAGCAGAGCGGUUUCGUGAUUGCAGGCCUUAUAUGAACGUACGACAGUAGUCGUACUGCAGGUGUGAUGCUUACGUAUCGAGUGAUAACAGGACAGGCUUCCAGAGAUGCAUUACAAGCAAGCUAGGGACUGGCGCAAUGCGUGGGCAGCCUCGGGCUAGCGCCCCUCUCAAGGCGGCGAUAACUUCAACUAAGGUGUUAGCAGCUGUGUUGGAACCGCUGUUGCCGCUUUACUCAAGCAGCGGCUACUGUAAAACCACAUUGGGAACUAUCGUAACUCUUCAGACCAAACAACUCUUCAAGCCCCACAUGUAAGGUACUUGGAUGGCGUAACCAAGGGCUACUAUUCUUGCACAUCCUGCGACCACUGGGUGCGACAUUCUGGUCUAC